GAUUAUGAGCACAUCUCAUCUAAAGAAAAACAGUUGAUCAAGAAGUUAUUAGAUCGUUAUGAAUUACAUGGAAAAGAAGGUCGGCCAGUGGUUAAUACAUCCGAUAGCAUAAGUGUUAGAUUCGGAUUGUCUUUGAUACAAAUUUUAGAUGUGGAUGAAAAGAACCAAGUUUUGAAGACCAAUGUUUGGUAUAAUUAUCAAUGGAAAGAUGUAUUAUUAACAUGGCAGAAAGAAGACUAUGAUAAUAUCACGGAUAUUCGUAUUCCAUCUUCUAAAAUAUGGCUACCCGAUAUCCUACUAUAUAAUUUUGCCGACGAUAGAUUGAAGGAACAGCGAGAUGCUCUGGUGGUGGUACAGAACAGUGGUGAUUUAUUAUGGAUGCCUCAAGCUAUACUGAGAAGUUCCUGUUCUUUCGAUACUCUUUACUUUCCAUUUGAUGAACAACGGUGUAUUUUAAAGUUUGGAUCCUGGACAUACAAUGGUUUGAGACUAGAUAUGCACUUUUUAGAUGAUACUCAAAAAGAAAUGGACCUUCUAGAAUAUAUAGAUAACAAAGAAUGGAGUAUAGUUGAAAAUGUUGCCAUAAGAAAUGUAAAAUACUAUUUAUGCUGUCCCGAACCUUACCCGGAUCUUACAUUUACACUCCGGAUAAAACGAAGAGUCGCUUUUUAUACUUUUAUAUUAAUUAUGCCAUGUGCUCUGCUCAGUUUAUUAACAUUGGUUAUAUUUUGGGUACCACCAGAAUCUCCUGCUAAAUUGAUACUUGGUAUGAAUAUUUUCCUCGCCUUUUUCGUCUUGUUAUUAUUACUGGCAGAGUCUACCCCGAAGGCGGCUGCUUCUAUACCCCUCAUAGGUGCAUAUUUUUGUCUGAGUAUGGUGAUGAUUACGCUAUCAACAGUAUUGUCUUGUGUUGUUGCCAAUAUGUUUUUUCGUGGUGUUCGCAUCAAUAGAGCUCCUCGCUUUCUUAGAUCUAUUGUUAUUGACUGUUUCGCAAGAGCACUUUGUCUUCGUGAUAAAAUAGUUGAACCCGAUUAUAACCCACUUACUCCAAAGAAAACUGGCCGGGUUGUUGGUGAGGCUCGUGGACAAUAUCCAUACAGAGAUAUCCGGUUUGGACAAGUUCUAUUAGAAGAAGUCAGGGCAAUAAGAGAAAUGUUAGAAAAAGUACGAGAAAAGAAAGCGAAGGCUGAAGAAAAAGAGAAAUAUGUAAGAGAGUGGAGAGUCAUUGCUUGUGUAACAGAUCGUGUCAUAUUUAUAUUUUAUCUACUUGUUAAUACAGUCGGACUAAUAUGUAUUUUCUUGAAACCCUAUCUCGAUAACGAGGAGUUGAGAAAGGCUGCUGCUAAAGCUGCAUCUGCAGCAGUUAUUGAAGCAGCUGGUGGUGGUGAAGAUACUGCUGGCGAAUAA